AUGCAGAACACAAUUUCGACGACCACUUACAGGCACACCACCAUUACCCCAGCCUUGCUGUGCUUGGCCCUGCAGCUGAAGGGUGUGCGCUUCGGUUAUCGCCGGUGCCAGGGUUCACCAGUCUGCCUUGUUGUAUCCUCGAUACGCCGUACCUUCGUUCUGCUUGCAUUGCCCGUCUUCAUCAUGUAUGAUCACAACAAUACCGGUGGCCCAUCGAACCAGGCGAAACUGGAUAAACCUUCGCCAGAUAGACCGCCACAGUAUAAUUUCAGAAACUGUGGCUACGAUUGUGGACUGGGAUGCCAGAAGGCCAGCGAGGACGAGGGUGGUGGCCGAGAUAGCGACGACGACACGGCUGUUGGUGAGGAAGAUAACGGGUACUCGGUUACUGAAUGGCAAGGCGACUAUGAAGACGUCGAAGCUGCGGAUGACGCUGAGGAGAACAUGUCAAACCCAGACACAGCAGAGAACGACACUAGCUCUCAGUUGUCAUCGACGGGAGACUACGACGCAAUGUCAGAGAGCUUGGUAGUCGAACCUUGUGCCACAAGCGAUCACAGUCCAGUGGCCUCGGUUGGUGGAAGCGUUCGCAGCCUAUCACCAAAUCCGGGCAUCUUAUACUGGAUAACAAGCAUGCAACCUGCUUCUCCACUACCAGGCGAAUAUCACUUCUUGCAUACGCCCUUGCGGCUUAGUCCGUGUGGGAGGGUGUACGUAGUGGUAGCAGAUAGGGCUAUCCAGAUGUGGAGGUGGUACCCGGCAGGCGGAACCUGGAUUGCUCUUUUCAUACCCGCGGCCGAUGGCGCUAUGGUGGCCGAUGAGAGGCAAUAUCGUACUGGAACGGCGCUGUACGGUACCCACGGCCAGCAUGCCGUGACAUAUUGUCGGGUAGCGACUUGA